UGUUUUUUCUCAUUGUCGUCUGCUACUUGUUUGGUUCAUGUCAAAAGAAAAUUAAAUAUUAUAAAAGUUUAUUUAUUUAUUUAUUAAUUUAACAUUAAAAUGUCUCUUUUUCCUGCUUAUUCAAAUGAAAAAGAUGCAGAAAAAUCAAAUUCAAACCAUACAGAGGAAUCACCGAGUGAUAACAAUAAAGUUGAUUGGCUUUCUAACGUAAGUUUUCAAUCAGGAAUAUCCUUCAACAAACCCAUUGAUAUAUCAACUUCAUCAUCGGAUUUAUCAGAAAAUGAUUCUAUUCAAGUACCAAGUUCAUCUAAAUUAGAAAUAAUUCCUGAGAAUGUAAAAAUUGUGACAAGCAGCAGAGAAGUUAAUUUACGAAAACAUAAGAAAAAAAAGAAACGUAAAAGUAAAGUUGCAAAAAAAUAUGAAUCAAAAGUAGAAAAUGUUUAUUUUGAGGAUCGAAUUCUAGACACAAGAAUGUGUACAGUAGACACAUUGUGCUCGAGAGUUCGUCCUUUGUACAAUUUAUCCGAAUAUAGUCUAAGUUUCAUUUCUGGAAAACGAACGAAAAAACGUUCAAUUCGUCGAUAUUAUUCAAAAAAUAUUGAUAUGAUUGAACAAUCCAAGAAGAAGGAUACAAUUAUUAAGAGGACAAAAACAAACGAACCGGAGGAAUGUUUACCCGAAUGGUGUGUAAAUAUUGAAGAAGAACAAACAAUAAAGACACAAAAUUUUAAUCAAAAAUUAGAAGAAGAUCCCAACGAUAUCCAAAUUUGGCUUCGUUUUAUCGAAUUCCAGGAUGAUGCAAUUAUUUAUCAGCCAUUUAAAAAUAAUUCACGUUCGAUACUUGAAAAAAAGUUGUCUAUCGUUGAGAAGGGUUUGGAAAAGAAUCCCGGCUCCUUAGAUUUGGAGAAAAUGAAAUUAUUCCUCAUGUCUGAGCUUUUACCGGCUGAUCAAUUCUCCAACGAAUUGGAGACUCUUCUCAGUAAAGAUUCGGGUAAUUUGAUUCUAUGGCAAACUCUAAUUAUGACAAUACAAUCGUCAGUCGCAUUGUGCUCUUCGCCAAGUGUUUUGAAUUUAUUUACAAGAUGCCUUUUUAUUUUACGACAACGAUCAAGAGCAAAUCCACGAAUUUACGAUGCGCAAGUUUUAAAUACAAUGUUUCAGUGUUUGAUGUUUCUCAGACAUGCGGGACUUUGGGAGCAAAUGUGGGAAACGAUAAGAAUGAAUUUAUGUUUAAAUCUGGAUUUACGGAAGGAGAAUUUACAAUUUCAAAGUUCGAUUGAUGAGAAAAAUCUUAUUGGAAUGGAGGAAGUAAUUCUAACGUCAAAACUUCCGUUGAAUCAACUUUGGCUUCGAGUGGAAUCAUUGAGGGAAAGAUGCCACUGGCUUAGUGUAACUAGCGAUCAACUUGAAUUGGUUGGAGAUUCAAAGAGAUUUGUUUUACCUGAAGAUGUGGCCGACUUUGUUCAUCCCUUAGUCUCGCGAAAUUCAAAUUUCCACCUGGCAAUUUAUUCGCUCUUGGCACUCAAAGUGCCUCUGCUACCAACUCGAGAUAGUACUUUAAAGAGUUUAGGACUGAAGGAUCUGAACUGGAUUUUCGAUUCCCUGGAAGUUUUACUGCCAUUCGCUUAUCCUUGCGUAGGAGAAACGGCUGGUUUUCAAAAAAGAAAAUCCCUCGUCGAAGGUUUAAUUCAAGGACAAUUAACAUCGGGCCCGCAAUAUUUGCGAUUUCAUCCCGCGCAAGAACCUUUUUUGGAAUUCUUAAGAUCAACAUUUAGAGUAAUUGCCGAAGCUUUGCCGCCUUUAGAGAGAACAAGCAUUUACAUCUGGUGGUUGCGAUUCGAAAGAAUGUUAGUUUAUUUCGGAAAAGAUGAUCCCUUAAAAAGUGACAAUCGUGGCAAAAAGUUGAAGAACAUAGUAAAGGAAUUUCUAAAGAAAGUCGAAAAUCGAAAUAAUUUACAUUUUUAUCGCGAGUACGCACUCAUUGAAUAUGAACAAGGACAUUUCGAAAGUUCUGUAACUAUUUUAGAAACUGUUCUUGCAUCGAAUAAUUUUUGUCCAGCGACAUUGAAAAAUGCAGAUGAAAAAUUGACAGUCAUGAGUAUUUAUAGGACACUUUUUGAAAUUUUACUCAAUACGAGAACUUAUCGUUUGACAAAUAUUGAAAAACUGAAAAAAAUUGCAAUGACACUGGUGCCUGAAACAUCGGGUAAUCGUUUAUUGUUGGCGUAUAAAUUUUUACGUGAAUCUGUCGACGAUUUUCUCUCUCACGAGAUAAUGGAUGAAAGUAUUGAUGCUUUCUUUUUACCAAACAUGAUGUGCGAUACGAUUACGUGUUGUGCGUAUCUUUCAUUGAUUUUGGAUCGGAAUAUUAGUGAAAUUACGAAUAUGUUUCGAAAUUGCGUGGAACAUUGUAAAAAUGCCCCGGAAUUGAAGGAGCGUCUGUACGAAAGCGAAUUAACACUCUUGCAAUUCCAUGCAGAAAAAAUUCACGAAUCGAAUCAGUCUUUGAAAGAAAUUUUAAACGAAGCUUCGCUUUUAUAUCCUGACAAUUUUUACCUUCUUUCUGUAUUCGCUGAUGUUGAGUAUGAAUUACCGACGUGGCGGCAAAAUAAAUCAGGAAAAAUUCGUCUAUGGCGAGCGAUCACCAUGUGCAUGGCUGAAAAUUCAAGGAUUAAAAUUCUGAAAGAGAAUAAUCUUUUGGAUGCAUCAGGAGCACUUCUCAAUAAAUUAUUGUCAUUCUAUCGGAAACUUGCUCGCAAUCCUGACAUUUGUCAUUGUCCACUUUUGUGGAGACUGUUCAUAUUAUUGUUACGGGAGGAAAAUCUUUCCGAGAAAAAGGGAGAAGACGCUUAUCACGAAAGUGUAAUAAAUUGUCCAUGGGCCCGAUGUAUUUAUAUAGAUUCAGCAGAAAUUGCUCCUCAGCAAUUGACACAAAUUCAAGAUGUCAUUCGAGGAAAAGAAUUGAGAAUACACGUCACUCCUGAGGAGUUGGAUAUCCUCAGAAGUUAAUUUCUUCUUGUAAAUAUUUUUUAAUACUAUAAUUUUUUUACACCAUGAUAAAAACCAUAAUUUUAAGAAAUACCAUGUCAAAGUACAUUUAAUGUAAAUAAAAUUUAAAUAUAUUUUUCA